GAGCAUGCGCGUUGCCUAUGGACGACGCGUAGCGUUGCCAUGGAGAAGGUGGCGGAGCUCCUGAGACCGGGAGCGGCGGCGUUAAAAUAAACGAGAGCCGGGCGGGUGGGAGGCCAGCAGCGACCGGGGUGAGCGUUGUGGACAGCCGACGUGGGUGGAUCCGGGUCGCUGGGUGUGAGCCGGAGUCCCGAGGAAGGCACUGGGCACGGUCUGUCUGACUUGGGCAGCGCGGCUGGUUUUUGAAGGCGCCGGGCCGGAGCCCUUCCUGUCAGCCUUCUCCUGAGAGAGACGAGGUGUGAGGUUACUGAGUCAAGACAACAGAAUGGCAGAGGACCAUGUACAAGGAUAGUCUUGUAUCCUAUUACAAAGUGCAUUAAGGAAAUAUAAAACAGCCAUACAUCCAGGGACUUCUUUCAUUUCUGAGAUCAAUAUCUGAAGACUUUUUAAAGCAGUCUUGGAGUUGUACAAUUUUGUAAACUGAAUCAAGCAAAUGAAGGAAUAUUUUACAUGAGCCUUAAGUACUGAACUGUAUUGAUUAUUUUGUUCUCAAAAUAUGAAUCGAUACACAACUCUAAAGCAGUUAGGAGAUGGCACAUAUGGCUGUGUCCUCAUGGGAAAGAGUAAUGAAUCUGGAGAAUUGGUGGCAAUCAAAAGGAUGAAGAGGAAAUUCUACUCCUGGGAUGAAUGUAUGAACCUCAGAGAAGUUAAGUCACUAAAGAAGUUAAACCAUGCAAAUAUUAUCAAGCUCAAAGAAGUUAUAAGGGAAAAUGACCAUCUUUACUUUAUUUUUGAAUACAUGAAAGAAAACCUGUAUCAACUUAUGAAAGAUAGAAACAAGUUAUUUCCUGAAUCAAUCAUUAGGAAUAUAAUGUAUCAAAUAAUACAAGGAUUGGCGUUUAUCCACAAGCACGGAUUUUUUCAUCGUGACAUGAAGCCAGAAAACUUGCUCUGCAUGGGUCCAGAUCUUGUCAAAAUAGCAGACUUUGGGUUAGCCAGAGAGUUAAGGUCACGUCCACCCUAUACAGACUAUGUAUCCACACGAUGGUAUCGUGCUCCUGAAGUUCUAUUGCGAUCUUCUGUCUAUAGUUCUCCAAUAGAUAUUUGGGCAUUAGGCUGUAUUAUGGCUGAACUGUACACACUGAGGCCACUCUUUCCAGGAACCAGUGAAGUGGAUGAAAUCUUUAAAAUUUGCCAAGUGUUAGGCACACCAAAAAAAAGUGACUGGCCAGAAGGUUAUCAGCUUUCAGCUGCCAUGAAUUUUCGAUUUCCACAGUGCGUGCCCAUUCAUCUGAAGACACUGAUACCCAAUGCGAGUAAUGAAGCAAUACAGCUAAUUAAAGAAACACUUUAUUGGGAUCCUAAAAAAAGACCAAAUGCUAGUCAGGCACUUCGAUAUUCUUAUUUUCAAGUGGGCCAAGCCUUGGGUCCUCCGAUGCAAUAUGCUCAGCCACCGCAGAUACAGAAAAAAGUAAUUCAGCCUACAGAGCACAAGCAAGAAAUUUUGUCAAAGUACGAACUUCAAUCCCAGCCUCAGCCUCAGCCUCCAUCUCAAUCUCAGUUGAAAGGUACAAAUCAACCACUUCAGCAGGUACAAAUUGCACAACAAUCUGCUAACCACCAAGAACCAGAAAAGGAGAUGUUGAACUUCAAGCAAACUGUUCUUCCCUCCAUCACUAACAACACCUAUCUGACUGAAGUGCAGAAGCCAGCCAGAGGAAGUGAAAAUAAUGCUAUGGGUUUCAAAAGUGGCAGACGUCGUUGGGGUCAGAUUGCAAUGAAAACUAUGGACAGUUGGGAUGAUUUUGAUAGCUCUGACUUUGGAGUGUCCUUCUCAAAAAAGGCUACGGUAGUGCCAAUGAAGGAGGAAUGCAAUGACAGUUAUCUUCAAAGUUCAGCUGAACACAAACAAAAUCACAACAGCAGAGGAACAAAAACAGUUCCAAAAACCACUGUCCCAAGAGUAGAUUCUGGAUUAUCUGCAUCCUCAGCAAGGCAGCACUAUUUGAGGCAGUCAAGAUACCUUCCAGGGAUACAUCCCAAGAACACAUCCAUGGUAGGAAGCAAUAAAGAACAUAGCAAAGCACUGGGAAUUAUUGGUGGAGGAACUUCUAUUGGUAGAAUUAAUGCAGGGAAUCUGGGAGUGUUUGGUUCAGACAGUACAACAACUGGUGGUUAUAUUCCAUCCUUUUUCAAAAAGGAAGUGGGAUCAGCAGGACAGAGAAUUCAGUUUGCUUUUGGAGGACCUUCUGGCAACCUUGACACAUGGAAAACCAAACCAAACCAGUCCCAGCUCCCAGGUCCCAGCUACAAUCCAGCCAAAAAAAAUUCUGCAGAACGCCUGGCUUAUCCACCACCCAUCCAUCCAGUACAUGGAAGGACUGACUGGGCAACUAAGUAUGGUGGCCAUAGAUAGCCAUUACCAUGAGAGCUACUGAUCAGUCUGAAUUAGGAGUUUCUAAUUUGAGAAUUUGGCUCCAGGAUCAUCAUCCUGAUUCAGUGCAGAAGCAUCUUAUUCAAAGAUGAUCUUAUUUCUAUUUGAUAACUGGGAUUAUUUUCUAAUUUGGAAUCAAGUGGACCAUCACAGAUCAAGAUACAACAAGCUGUUUACACUUUUAUGAUAUGGAUAUGAAAAGCAGCUGAAGACUUUAUGCAAUGUUCCCAGAAGAAGUUGAUUUAAAUUUUAAUAUUUAAAUCAAUUUUAAGAAGAAUAAUAGAUUAGGUAUAUUUAUUUUCAUAUGUCUUGCAGACACUACUAGUGCCUUGUAAACUCUUCUGCAUUGUGAAUCUUCCUAGCUUAAUGCUGAAUGGAAUGUAAAACUUUUUCACGUUGCAUUAUUUUGCAUUGGGAUCAGUAUUUCUUUCUUAGACCUGAUGGUUAUGGGCACCAGAAGAAGAACUACUGAUCCUUCUAACUGAAUCUUUGCAUUUUAACCAGAAAUAUUUUUAAAUGUGUGUUAAUGGCUACAGAAUCAGAUUCUUAAAAUUCUGUUGUGUAUUUAAAAUGCUUCUUUGCAAAGAAAACACCAAGUUUCUUCAAUAAUGUGUUUGUAAUGAAGCAAUUACAAUGGUUAUAAGGUAUUUUUUAGUAAAUAUCUAUUGAUUUACUGG